GUCUGAAACUCCACUGGCUCCUUCCCUCCUAACUCCUCACUUCAUAGUGCUGCGUACUAAAAACAUCGGACGCUAGGGGAUCAAGACGCAUGCCACAUUGCCUCUAUGUGGGCACUUUAACAGAUCUUUCGGGAUUUUUUUUUUUCCCAGUUAGGGGGCUGCGGAGGGAGGCCUUCUUUUUUUUUUUUCUUUUUUUUUAUUUUCACCCUCUGAUGACUGUUUGCACGGCUGAUUAUUGAGUUGAUUGUUUAUUUUUUGGCCGCUGCUGUCCGGCGCCCUGCGCGUCUUUUUUCCCCUCCCGUUCUGGAAUCGGCGACCUAUCGCGGGGGGCUCACCAAUGUCCUAUCCUCAGGGUUACCUCUACCAGCCCCCGGGCUCUCUGGCUCUGUAUUCGUGUCCGGCUUACGGGGCCUCGGCUCUCGCUGCCCCGCGGAAUGAGGACUUGGCGAGGUCCUCCUCUGGCUCAGCCUUCAGCCCUUAUCCCGGGUCGGCGGCUUUCUCCGCCUCGGCCGGUGCGGGCUUCUCCAGCCCGCUGUCAUACUCCACGGAUCCAGCGACGGGAUUCCCAUCUUACAUGUCCUCUCCAUACGACGCGCACACGACGGGCAUGGCCGGGGCGUUAAGCUACCACCCGUACGGCAGUCCGGGGUACCCGUACCAGCUCAACGACCCGGCUUACCGCAAGAAUGCCACCAGGGACGCCACGGCCACCUUGAAGGCCUGGCUGCAGGAGCACAGGAAGAACCCGUACCCGACCAAGGGGGAGAAGAUCAUGCUGGCCAUCAUCACCAAGAUGACCCUGACGCAGGUCUCCACGUGGUUCGCCAACGCCAGGAGGAGGCUCAAGAAGGAGAACAAGAUGACCUGGGCUCCGAGGAAUAAAAGCGAAGACGAGGACGAGGACGACGGGGACGGGGAGAGGAAAGAGGUGGAGCGCUCCGAAAAGACGCUGGACAACAGCGAGGCUUCAGCGGAGGAUGAAGGGAUCAGCCUGCACGUGGACACCCUGACGGAUCACUCCUGCUCGGCGGAGUCUGACGGGGAGAAGGUCAGCUGUGCGGGCGAGCUGGGCUCCGAGCAGCCCGGCGACAAGUGCGACGAGGACGGCGAGGACCACAGCCGCGACGCGCGGGCCCAGCUCUCCCCCAAACCGGUCACGUCGUCGCCCCUGACGGGAGUGGAAGCCCCGGUUCUCAGCCACCACCACCACCACCACCUGCACCACCAUCACCUGCACCACCUGCACCACCUGCACAGCCAGAGAGAGGACCUGGCGCGCGGCCUCGUCAACACCAGUAAAUCCUCAUCCUCAUGCCUUGACAGCAGACCCGCGCCGGGGGCCCCCCAGAACCCCGCGGUUAAGCCCAAAUUGUGGUCUCUGGCGGAGAUUGCUACCUCGGACCAAAAGCAACAGCAUCAGCAGGCGGGGCAGUCCGGGCAGCCGGGCUGCCCCUCCUCCAGCAGCGGACUGCUCACCCCCCCGACGCCCUCCACCGCGUCCCCGACAGCCACGUCCCCCUCCCUCUACCCGGCCCCCUCCAUCCUCGGAAGACCUAUUUAUUACACUUCUCCCUUUUAUAGCAAUUACACAAACUACGGCAACUUCAGCCCCCUGCAGGGCCAGGGCAUCCUGCGCUACACCAACUCCUCCGGAGUGAGUCUGGCUGCGGCCGCCGCCGCCGCUGCCGCCGCCGCUGCUGCGAACGAGGGUCUGAGCGCCUCUCACCAGGCUCUGGAGGCCAGCACAAACCCCAAACACAGGCCAGACUCGCCCCUCGUUAAAAAUAACCCCAACCAGAUUGUUGUUGUGGAGCAGCAGCAGUUCAGACCCGCAAAUUUAGAAGCGAAGAAAGGUACGUAAUCCACGUGCGUAAAGCGGCCAGCU